GUCGUUUCAUCUUUGUCUGGUUCAAGAACGGAGAGAAAAUUCUGGAGGAAACUUCUUCUUACACGCAUGACUUUUAUCCUGGAGACAACAUCACCUGCGCCCUCAAAGGUUAUGAGGAUUACCACUCGCCUUCUGUGUAUGCUCCAAAGCUUCUCUCUGUGUCAGUGAGUCCCUCUGGUGAGAUAGUAGAGGGCAGUUCAGUGACUCUGAGCUGUAGCAGUGAUGCUAACCCAGCAGCUAAUUAGGUGGUACAAGAGGAACGUGAACUUCAAUCCUCUCAUCAGUGAAGCCGAGCUCGUCUUCAGGUCCGUGCAGUCCUCAGACUCUGGAGAGUUUUACUGUGCAGCUGAGAGCGAGCUGGGGAGGAGGACGUCUGGUUACAUCUUUAUUGAUGUGAAAUAUGCUCCGAAGCUUCUCUCUGUGUCAGUGAGUCCCUCUGGUGAGAUAGUGGAGGGCAGUUCAGUGAAUCUGACCUGUAGCAGUGAUGCUAACCCAGCACCUAAUUACACCUGGUACAAGGAGAACCAAACACUGCUUCAAGGACCAGAAGGAGUUCAUCAUUUCUCCUCCAUCAGCUCUGAGGACAGAGGGAACUACUACUGCAAGUCUGAGAAUAAACAUGGACAGAUUCUCUCUAAGUCUCUAUCUAUAGACGUCCAGUAUGCUCCAAAGCUUCUCUCUGUGUCAGUGAGUCCCUCUGGUGAGAUAAUGGAGGGCAGUUCAGUGACUCUGACCUGUAGCAGUGAUGCUAACCCAGCAGCUAAUUACACCUGGUACAAGGAGAAUGAAGACUCACCAAAAGCUUCAGGACAGAUCUUCACCAUCACUGACCUCAGACCUGAACACAGUGGGAAUUAUUACUGUGAAGCCCAGAACACAAGAGGACGUCGUAACUCCACCUUAAAUCUGACUGUUGUGGCAGGUGGGGCUCCCUCAUUCAGCAGUAGUCACGUUACAGGUGCCUCGAGGUCGCACUCGCUAGUCCUCAUCUCCCUCCUCUUCCUCCUCUCCCUCCUCUUCCUCCUGCGGAGACGGUCGGAUCACGACAGAUCACAGACCCCGCCCCGCCUCACCUGCCCGCCAGCCGUUAGCAGAGUGUCUUCUGCCCUCACUCGUCACCUGGCCCGUCUCUUUCACAGGCGAAGAGGAAAGUUCUCAUCGCUACAACAUGAAACGUCUUUUCAUUCCGACAGAAAUGACAAUAAAAUAGUUUUAAUUGGGAUGAAAGACGUUGACCGAAGGAAACCAGACCAGCGCUCAACAUCAACUAAUAUGAUUCAGGCACAGGAGAUAAAGCUGUUAUCUGACGUGAAGAAACCGACGAGAGCAGCAGCUAUGAGUUUGACAGAAGCAGCGACUUGGACUAUUUUCUUCCUUCUCUCUGCGUCAGUGGUAAAGGGUCACAACAACCAUAAAAUGUCGUGCACCCCCACUCAGAUCUGUGCCAUAAAAGGAUCAACAGUGAAAAUAAACUGCAAAAUACAUGGAGUUGAGGACAUCAUUUGGUACAUUAAACCAUACCGUUAUCCAAGUGUGGAUCUGAUAAAAGAUGCCAAAUACGCGGGUCGUGUGACGUACAGUUGUACAGAACAGAGCUGCACUCUGAUGAUCAGUAACCUGAAACUGACUGACUCAGCUAAAUACGGUUUCCGUUUAAUGACGGAUAACCUUUACUCAUCAAGAUAUUAUGAACCUGGAGUCUCUUUGUCUGUCAAAGAUCCACCGGUGUCUGUCAGCAGGUAUAACAGGUUGCAGUGUCAAAUCGCUUGUCCUCAAGCUCGCCCUACUUCCUACAUCUGGUACGAGAAUGGACAGAAAAUAUCAGAAACAUCUUAUUCAUUCUACCGUUCUGAUACAAACAGCUAUUCCUGUGCUGUACCGGGAAAUGAGGAUUUUCCUUCUCCUUCAGUGUGUGUCUCUGGUCGAACCUGCAAAAAAGUGAUUUACACAAACAGAAGAAUCUGUGUCCUCAGAGGAUCAUCAGUCGACAUUUCUUGCACUUACAACAGUUACAGUGACAGUGUUGAAUCAAAGUUCUGGUUCAGAUCUGAACGUAGUCGACUCCCUGUGGAUCUUCGUAAAGACUCCCAGUACUCAGGUCGUGUUCAGGUCCUUGAAACAGAGAGAGGACGCUCCACUCUGAGAAUCACUGACGUCAGAGAGAGAGAUUCAGCUGAUUACCGCUUCAAAUUCAAAACACAAUGGUUUGAAUGGGGGAGCAGUUUAUCUGGUACAACUCUGACUGUCACAGAUAUUCGGGUGGAAGUUUUUUAUCAAAAUCUCAAGUGUGAAACGUCUUGUCCUCUACGCGAUGGUUCUUCCUACGUCUGGUUCAAGAAUGGACAGAAAAUAAAUGGAGAAAGUUCUUAUUUUUAUUCACACCAAUGGGACAUUUCCAGCAGCUUUUCAUGUGCUGUGGAAGGACUUGAGAAUUUCCCCUCUCCUCCAGUGUGUGCCGAUGGUGAAUCCUGCAACAGAGUGACUUACACAAACAGAAGUAUCUGUGCCCCUGAAAGAUCAUCAGUCAACAUUUCUUGCACUUACAACAGUUACAGGGACAAUGUUGGAUCAAAGUUCUGGUUCAGAUCUGAACUUAGUCGACUCCCUGUGGAUCUUAGUGAAGACUCCCAGUACUCAGGUCGUGUUCAGGUUCUUGAAGCAGAGAGAGGACGCUCCACUCUGAGAAUCACUGACCUGACAAAGAGAGAUUCAGCUGAGUAUCGCUUCAAAUUCAAAACACAAUGGUUUGAAUGGGGGAGCAGUUUACCUGGUACAACUCUGACUGUCACAGCUGUGCAGCUGCAGGUGACCAGAGUGAUAACAGUCCACCCGUCUCACACCGUGGCAGAGCUGAACUGUCACACCAGCUGCCGUCCCAUUGGUCGUUUCAUCUUUGUCUGGUUCCAGAACGGAGAGAAAAUUCAGGAGGAAACUUCUUCUUACAUGCAUGACUUUUAUCCUGGAGACAACAUCACCUGCGCCCUCAAAGGUUAUGAGGAUUACCACUCGCCUUCUGUGUACGCUCCAAGGGCUGCCUUAUUGUCAGUGAGUCCCUCUGGUGAGAUAAUGAAGGGCAGUUCAGUGACUCUGACCUGUAGCAGUGAUGCUAACCCAGCAGCUAAUUACACCUGGCACAAGGAGAACCAGCAACUGACCGGUAAAGAGCCGCAGCUUGUCUUCAACACGAUCAAGGUCUCUGACUCUGGAGAGUAUCACUGCGCAGCUGAGAACGGGCUGGGGUGGAGAUCAAGUAACUACAUCUCCAUCAAUGUGAAAUAUGGUCCUCAGACCUCCACUCUGUCAGUGAGUCCCUCUGGUGAGAUAGUGGAGGGCAGUUCAGUGACUCUGACCUGUAGCAGUGAUGCUAACCCAGCAGCUAAUUACACCUGGUACAAGGAGAACCUAAAACUGCUUCAAGGACCAGAAGGAGUUUAUCAUUUCUCCUCCAUCAGCUCUGAGGACAGAGGGAACUACUACUGCAAGUCUGAGAAUAAACAUGGACAGAUCAACUCUUCACUCCUGAUCAUAGACGUCCUGUAUGCUCCAAAGCUUCUCUCUGUGUCAGUGAGUCCCUCUGGUGAGAUAGUGGAGGGCAGUUCAGUGAAUCUGACCUGUAGCAGUGAUGCUAACCCAGCAGCUAAUUACACCUGGUACAAGGAGAAUGAAGACUCACCAAAAGCUUCAGGACAGAUCUUCACCAUCACUGACCUCAGACCUGAACACAGUGGGAAUUAUUACUGUGAAACCCAGAACACAAGAGGACGUCGUAACUCCACCUUAAAUCUGGUUAUUCCAACGAGUUCAGUGAAAUCAGCAGCUGCUGGAUCAGUCACUGUUAUUUUUCUGGUUAUCAUAUUCCUCUCUGCCUUCGUAUUCGUUAGACGAAAGAUGUCCUCGACUCAACCACGUGAAGCUGGACAGAGACCGGACAACAACGCACAGCUGAAUGACGGUCCAGAUUAUGUGAACUCCUCCGCUGCGGUCCAGAUAAAAUCAGCAGAGCAGCAGGGCGAACUUUUCUACGCCAGCGUGAGAUUCUUUAAAAACCAGGAGGACCCUGUGUACUCCAACAUCAGGCCAGUUGAGCCCAACAGACACAACAAGGAGGAGGAAGAGGAGGAGGAGGAGGAGGAGGAGGAGGAGGAGGCGGAAGGUGUGGAGUACACUGCUGUCAAUGUUAAGAGCGCCAGUUCUUCCCCAAGAUUAAGACGUGAAGAGGCCGCGGAGGAUCCAUGUGCGCUGUACAGCACAGUCAGCAAAAAGUACAGAGCAUGAACGCAGUGUUUCAGCAGGUCCACAGUGACAUUAGAAGACAUUUUGUCAGGACUGAUCUGUUCAGUAACGCAGCAUAAAGGCAGCUUUAAAAAACCAAAUACAUAAAACUAAAAAACAAACUUGAAUGUCGGUGCACCUUAUCAAAAUGCUAACUGUAAAGACAUCCAACAGACUAAUUAGAUAUUAUACAAGCAUGUAUAUCCGUUUUUCAGAAACUUAACUUUAUUUUAUUUUCUGUCAGAGCAGUGUGGCGCCAGUUCUUUAAUAAAGUUAUAAUAAAAUGUAUUGGUGUUAAAUACAACAUUUGCUUAAAAAAUGUCACUAAACAGUAAUAUUUUACUUUUAUUUUACUUGUAGUGAAAACAAACACUUCCGGUGUCUUGUUGAGUUUCUCUAAAUACAGUACAUCUUUAUCCACCUUGCUUUUAAUCAUCAGUUUUCAUUGUCACUAUUACUCUGCUCUUUUUCUCAGUUGUUAAUUCUAUGGUGCAUUAACAUCACAAGUCAUUGAGUUAGUGGUUUGUUCAGGUUUUUGUUUGUUUAAGUCUGUGAUUUAUUUCACACAGUUGUCACCCUCUGGUUAUUAUUUGUUAAACUGACUUAUUGUAUUGAUUUAUGUUGUUUAAAUAACCUGAUCUUUUAUUGAAUAAAUUUAAUCUGUUUUAUUUUUCUACCUGGUGCUGUUCCAGCUGUCAACAUGUUCAUACAAGAUAGAUAAGAUAGAUUCACAUUGCAACUCUUUGCAUUUUAAUAAACAAACAUUGUUAAGCUCAUUUUCAGAUCACUGCUUGUGCUAAACAGGCACGCUGUGCACCAAAAAACAUUCAGUUAUAUCUCAGAGCUGGUAACUUUGAAUAUUUGACAUGCUUCUUACUAAUAACUUCCAUGCUGUUGACAUCAGUAACUGCACACCAUAUUUCUCGGGGAGGGUUCUAGUACAGUGACGGCCAUCUACCCUACACACAUCAAUGUUCACAUUAACUUCAGAUCAAACCAAAGAUAUUUAACACCAGUGAGUAAAUCAAUCAGUUUAUAUCAGGUUAAAUAUGUGUGUUUGGAAGAGUGCUACCUGCAAGGCUGAAGGAAGGCCUGAGGUUGUUGAUACUAAAAACCCCACAAUGCAUCACAGCAUCUCGCCCGGCAGUUCCUGAUCUCAGCAGACUGGAAAGAGACAGAGUAGGUCAUGUUUACCAAAUUACUUUAUUGUUCUUAUUUCAUUUCAACUAGUGAAGGAACACCACAUUAGAGAUGAGGAUAGUUCCUAUGAUCAGAGCCGUAUGCUACUUAUAAGGAUUUUUUUUAAAAUGGCAAAUAGUGUGAUGAACUGUAUAUAUUAUGUACUGUAUAGAAGCACAUAGAACUUAACAUAAACUUGGAUUCAUUCAUUCAUGGUGUAUUGCUUGGUAUUAACUGAAUAACACAUUAAUUAAUCAAGGACAGAAUUAGCCUAAAUUGACUAACAGCAAUAG